AUGCAUGACAACCGAACCCACCCGCUGCUGGCACAGGUGCCCUUGACCGUCUCCCCAUUCGUCUCUCUCCCGGCAGCAACAAGCCUCCCAUACACCUACCAGACUCUCCCAUCUUCCCUCCCCCCGGCAUCCACUGGACCUCCCUCCGGCGAAGACAAGGCCCAAUACGUCGUCUCUUCCUCCGGCCAUGCAGCCCAUCCAGACGAAAUUGUCGCCUCAUGCAAGGCUCUGCAGGCAUACAUCCAGAAGGUCCAAGACGAUGCUGACCGGGAGUUGAGGCAAUGGGAAGAGUAUAUUGCCGCAAGGGACCUGGCGGAGAAGAGGAGAGUGGCGCCGGGAUGGCUGGACAGCGACUCGAGGAUCCUGGAGCCCGAGAGAAAACCUACCGGCGGGUCAGGAGAGGAGCAGGGGAAUCUGAUGGAUGUUGAUGUAUCAAGUGCUGAGGCAUCAGGCCUACGAAAUGCGCCGGUGGUGGAGAAGAACGGGGUGGGGGAUGAGCUGGAUAGGGCAUUUGGGGGGAUGGGUUUGAGUAAAGAGUAG